UACGAAACAAACAAAAAACACACCACUUUUCUCUUUCCCAUUCCCAAAAUAGUGUCCACCCCACUAAUAUUCUUUGUUUUCCCCACUCACACCAAAUGUCCACCACUACAACCGCAACUCCACCACAUCACCACCAUACUUUCUGGUGUCACGAGUGCGACAUGAGCGUUUUCCUCCUCCACCUACCCCCUACCGAUCCUCCUCGUUGUCCUCACUGCCACUCCGAUUUCCUCGAGCAAAUGGACUCUUUUACCCCUGCCCUUCUUCCUCAAUUCCCAAAUCACCCUGAUUCUAACCCUAACCUUGAAGAACUCAUAUCUACGGACCUCAACACCGCAACCACUUUCACUCCCUCCGACGAUAACUUCCUACUCGACAGUCCUUAUCUCCACCGUCUAAUCCACCAUCUCACCACCGCUAACGACGCUCCCAUUCCCAAUCGUCAGCACAGCCCGGCUUCUAAAGCUGCCGUGGAGGCACUUGAGGGAAUAAAAGUUAGCUCAUUGAUGCUUGAGAAUGAUCCGGUUAUUCCUUGUCCUGUCUGCAAGGACAACUUUUUACUGGAUGUGGAAGUGAAAAUGUUGCCUUGCAAACACAUGUAUCAUUCGGAUUGUAUUUUGCCGUGGUUAGAAGUGAACAAUUCGUGUCCAGUUUGUAGGUUUAAGUUACCCACUGAGGAGGAGGAUGAUGAGGAAUGCAUUAGACGACGCGAGAGGUUUCUUGGGGCAAUGAGGCUGGGAGAGAUAUUGGCUGAGGAAGAGGAUUUGUUUGGUUUUAGGCGUACCCUUAGGCGUGUUGCCAGGAGGCAUCAGCUGGACGGGGGAGAGAGUACGAUUGGCCAGGCAGGUCAAGGAGUUGGGGUUGUGGCUAGGGCAAAUAGCGUGGAGACUGUGUCGAGUUGGCCGAGUUGGCCAGUGGAAAAUGGGAGUGAUGGUGAUGAAGUAGGUGGGAGCGGUAAUAGACUUGGUGGUGGUGAAGGGGAUACUACUGUCGUCAGGUCUUGAAACUGGCCUUUUUUUCAUUUAAGCAGUGUUCAGCUGCAAAAUAUUGGCGUAUGGGCGAUAGUGAAUGAUGGGGUGCCUUUGUAGAUCGGUAAAAGUUGUCGCCAUAUGACCGGGACGUCACAAGUUCAAGCCGUAGAAACAGCCUCUUGCAAAAAUGCAAGGUAAGGCUGCGUAUGUAAGAUCCAAUGUUGUCCGACCCUUCUCUCUGAACCCGCGCAUAGCAGGAGGUUAGUGUACAUGGCUGCUUUUCUUAUGAUGGGCUAUAGUGAAUCAUUUGAAGCUAAUCUACCAAAGUAAGCAGCUUAGUAUUUAUAACCAUGAAACAAGAGAAAGUGGUUCAGUACCCCUUUUUUUGUUCUUAUAAAUAUGUUUGUAGUACCCUUUUAUCCAAUUAGGGGGAUAGAAAUAGAAUAUGUUUUGGACUGGGUGGCUUGCAUUCAAAAUUUUCCUAGAUAACAUGCUUUCGAUAAUGUAAAUACGCGCGCAAUUGGGACUUGGGAGUCAGUGGCGUACGCAGGAUUUUUCGAAAUUGGUGUCACAUUUAAAGAAGCGA